AUGAACCGUGGGAGGGCUUCAGCCCGGGGCACCCGGAGAGGCGCUGCUGCUGCAGGUUCGCGAGCAACGGCCGAGUGUAGCGCUGACCCUUCUUCUACUCCAGCAGCUACAGGCGCUGCUUCAGGUAGCGCGACCCCAAUUCCUCGAAGUAUAUCAGCUACACCAGGCCGUGGAGGCACCACCCGAGCGACAAGGGCACCCGCAGCUGGUCGCUUUCGACCCAAGAAUGUUCGUCGAGAUGAAGCAGAACGAGAUAGCCUAGCUCGAUUAGAGGAGCAAAAAGCCAGUGAAAGGGCGGCAGAUGAGCGCAAAGCUCGAGGACGCUCGAGGUUCAGGAGUAAGAGAAGUCGUGGUGAUGCUAUGGGCAGAGGUGGCUUUGGGCGAGUAAUUUCAGGAGCCAGCGGUCCUUUCUCUGCUGGUGCAGGAG